AUGGGCCGAAAUUUAUUAAUGAGCAGCCUUGAAAAUGCAUCUUUCAAUAUACUACUACAAAUUUUGUUUCGAUGUAUAACUUUUAUUAUAAAUGCAUGGGUUAUUAGAAAUGUGGGACAUGAAGUCAUAGGAAUAAUGAAUGUUAGAUUGCUGCUACUUGAAAGCACAAUACUUUUCCUGAGUAGAGAACCAUUUCAUCGUGCCUGUAUAGGUCAAAGAGAUGAGUUUAGCUGGAAUCAAAUUAUAAAUCAAAUCUGGCUAUCGGUUCCCAUAAGUUGUAUCUUGUCUCUGGUCUUUGUUUACGUCUGGCUAAAUAUAUUACCAUUAGGUCAUCCAGAGCAUGCAUUUCAAUAUGAGUUUGGCUGUUGGAGUGUUGCAUUAUCAUGUAUUUUGGAACUUUGUUCAGCAAAUAUGGCUCUUGUAGCACAAUUAUUCUGUUUUGUUAAACUUAAAGUUAUUCUCGAUACCUUGCAUAUUUUUGUAAGAACCACACUAUUUCUGUCUAUCAUAAUAUAUGAUAGGUCGUUAGCUCUUAUAGCGUUUUCAGUGGCACAAGUGGGGAGCAUUGGAGCCAUUGUACUGGCAUAUUACUGCUUCUUCUAUUGGUACAUCAAAUGUAAACCACUAUAUGCCAAGGGUGCAUUGAAAAGUAGAUAUCUUCCCAAUAGUAUGUUAGAAAAAAUGUACAGUAAUAUGGAUGACUUCAGUUUUACAUCUCUUAGAGAUUUUUUGCCUAAAUAUUUAGGCACUGUUAAUUCUACUUUUAACAAAAAAUUAAAUACUCUCACACUAAGUUUUGCGAAGCAGGGUGUUGUCAAACAGCUGCUGACUGAGGGUGAAAAGUAUGUGAUGUCUGCCAGUCCAGUGAUGAGUUUUGCUGAACAAGCAACCUACGAUGUUGUAAACAAUUUAGGAAGUUUAGCUGCUAGAUUUGUAUUUCGCCCUAUAGAAGAUAGCAGCUAUUUUUAUUUCACCCAGAUGGUGAGCAGAGAUUUGCCUCUGUAUAAGCAAGACCAGAACAAGAUCCAAGAAUCUUGCACAGUCUUAUCACAAGUUUGCAAGACUGUAACUUCUAUUGGUUUAAUAGUUCUCGUAUUUGGUUUGAGUUAUUCUCAUACACUUUUGAUUUUGUAUGGCGGGGAGGCAUUUGUGGCAAGCGGUUUACCAGUUCAGCUGCUUCGAAGCCAUUGCUUAGCUAUAGUACUGAUGGCAAUCAAUGGCAUAACUGAAUGCUAUACCUUUGCCACCAUGACCAGUGCUCAGUUGAAUAGUUACAAUUAUCUGAUGGUUUUCUUUUCCAUAAGCUUCUUAUUGUUAUCCUAUGGAUUAACUUAUGUUUUAGGACCUGUAGGAUUUAUCAUUUCCAACUGCAUAAAUAUGUUUGCUAGAAUCUUGCAUAGUAUACAUUUCAUAAAUAAUAAAUGUAAGGACACUGAUUACAGACCUCUAGAUGGUCUCAAUGUAGGCAAAAUAUUCUUAUUCACUUUGUUUAUUGCUGGUUGCAUUUGUAAAAUAUCAGAGAAUAGGUUUUCUCGUAAUUCCAUUUUAACACAUGUAGCUAUCGGAGCAGUAUGCUUGGCCUUCGUCUUAUUAUCAUGGGGGUAUGAGAAUAAGGAUCUUGUGAUUAAAACAUACAGAAAGUUUGUAGGGAGUAAAGAAGAGAAAGUGUCAACAGAUUAGCAUUCGUUUAUUAUCAGGCUUAUAUAAUUAAUUAUAUUAAUAAAUGUAAAUAAGAUAUAUCUGUAUUAUUUGUAAUUAUUAAUAAAGAAGUAUAACACUUGUUGCCUUUA